CUCACUAUGCAGCUCUGGCUCACUUGUCCAGGCUGACCUCAAACUCACAGAAAUCCAUUUGUCUCUGUCUCCUGCCAAGGACUGGGAUUAAAGGUGUGUACCAUCACUCCCAAGCACACAAAAAUCGUUAUUUUACAGCUUUUCACGUCACUGAAAAUUGCAAAAACACAGAACCAAAAACACCAGAGAGAAGUUUCAAGAAAUUCCAUGUCCUUACGAAAGCAAUCCAUCCAUGACUUCUUAGUAAAAAUGUAAAUAAAAACAAGCCACAAACCCAAGAAGAAAUUUUGUAAUGAAUAGUUGCAGUACCAAAAGAAAAGAAGCACCAAGCAAGAUUACAGUGGGAAGGGAAGGAUCCACCAAACCUGAGGAAGAGAUUGAGGAUAUGUGCAAACGAGUGCAGGAGACCGCCACACUUACAUUGCACAUGCGCAGUGAGCACAAUUUGCUCCAUAAACUGUCAGUUAUGCCUGAGGAAGAACGAGCAUGCUUUUGUUUACCAGUGUUGCUUAGCAACGACUGUUCUAUAACUGCCUGUUUAGGUUUGACUGGUCAAACCAUAGCCUCGCACUUGUGAGAGUCGCAGAGUUAGGCUCUGGUUGUUAGAUGGUCAGUGGUUAAAAGUUCAUCAUUUCCUAAAAUUACUUAGUGUUGAGUUGAUAGAAAGGUGGUCACAGCUAUGCUGUCCACCCUGAGGAAGCUCUUCUGCUUUAAGAAGGAGCCGAAAACCCCCUUGGGGUUUUGUGACGGCCCAAGCAGGGGAACGGGAUACUUGUCCUGCUUUCACUGUGGAACUAAAGACAGGUACCGCCAGCCUUAUGACCCUGAAAACCAAUUUCAUGAGGCAGUAUGCAUGGGAAAGCUCAAAGUGGUGGUGCGUCUCCUCAGGAAGAACCAAUUUCAUGUGAAUGAUGAGGAUGAAGGGAAACGAACUGCGCUCCACUUUGCAUGUUUUUAUGGCCAUAUCAAUCUGGUUUGUUUACUGUUAUUUAAGGACUGUGAGAUUAAUGCCCUUGACAAUCAAAUGUCCACACCACUAAUGAAGGCUGUACAAAGCAGGGAGACAGAGAUCGUGUUUGUCCUACUUGAUCAUGGAGCAGAUCCCAAUAUUAAAGACUGCAAUGGAGAAGCAGCAAUCCACCAUGCAGUGUAUGUAGACAGGCCAGAUAUUGCCAGCAGUCUUCUUGAAUUUGGGGGAAACAUUGAAGAUACUACAAAGGAUGGGUUGACCCCUCUGCUGCUAGCACUCCGAGAAAGGAAACACCGCAUGGCAGCAUACCUAAUCACACACGGUGCGAAUCUUCACGUAUGUGAUAAAUAUCAAAGAACAACACUCAUGUAUGCUGUUAGAUGGGAUUGUGAAAAUAUGGUUGAAAUUUUACUGAAGAAAGGUGUUGAUCACCAGUUAAAGGACACAUUUGGAUGGAGUGCUCUUUAUUAUGCCAUUAUGGGGAAACGCAAAACAAAAAUGGUGAUUAUUCAGCAUGACUUACUCCUCUGGAGACAACAAAAUACCUUCACACGAAAUCAGCCUGAAGAUGUCUUUUUAUCGGGACAUCACUUUGAAUCUGAGUCACUGAUUUCCGUGUGUGCAACAAUGGAGGACACAGCUAAUUUGAAAACUCAGCAAGAUAUUCCUGAGAAUAGUCUGAAAAUUGGUGUGGAUGACUUACCAAUAGCUUCCAAACAAUAUGAAAACGUAGAAGAACAAGAAGAAGAACUAGAAUUAGAAACAAUACCGGAUUUAAAACUGGAAAAUGAAAAUGCUUAUAAUAAGAAUGAAGACUAUCAAAAGUUGAAAGCUGCCCAGUCAUCCAACAUAGGAAAUGGUCUAGAAGAAAAUGAAAUAAUUCAAGUUUGGGCUGAAAAAUGUCCGCAUCCAGAGCUGAGGGAUGAUUGUCAUCUAGUCUCCAGAUCCAAGCCUGAAACACAGCAGUCUCAAACAGGUAAAUUUUUUUGGGCUGAAAAAUGUCCACACCCAGAGCAGAGGGAUUAUUCUCAUCGAAUUUCCAAACCCAAGUCUGAAACACAGCAAUCUCAAGCAGUGUGGGCUGAAAAAUGUCCUCACUCAGAGCUGAGGGAUUAUUCACGUCCAGUCUCCAAACCUGAGUCUCUACCACACCAAUCUCAACCAGCCCGCCCCCCAUUCCAAUCUCCUCCAGGGCAAAGCCUUCCCCACAGACUGAGAUCAACCUGGUGGACUCAGUCCAGGUAGGUCCAGUCCCCUCCU